AUGGCUCUUCUAUCGAAUCACCACGAAUACCCGAUCUCCACCGACAGUGUAACAACCACGUACCCAACUACCACGCCAACUUAUGACACUCUCUAUCCCUCGCCGUACAAUUCGCCGAGUUACGAGUCCAUCAAGAUCCCGUACGGGGAGAAUUGCACGCACAAAGGUGAGCUCACGCCGCGGAAAGAGGCGGAAACGAUCAACUACGGGAAAGAGGUGGUUGCAAAGUAUUCGAGAACACCGGAUUCGUACGAGCGAGGCUCGUUCAGAACGGUGCUGCACGAAGACAACUCCGUGGAGUAUCAUCCGCCGGCCUAUUGCUAUGAAACUCCGCCUCAGGAACAGAAGUUCCAAAUCCUCGAGAGCGGGAAACCGAUGCAAAUGGCCAUCGAGCAACGAAGGAAUUGCUGGGAGCCUGUUACGUCUGCACAGAAGCAAGUGUCACCUAGCAGCAGCCCUCGCAGAGGCAGACGACGCUCCAGGGACAUUCCGCCGUCGCCGAGCGUGUUGAAGCGUCGUCGUUUGGCCGCGAACGCGCGCGAGAGACGUCGAAUGAACGGGCUGAACGAUGCUUUCGACAAACUUCGGGAAGUUGUGCCGAGCCUCGGCGCCGAUCACAAGCUCAGCAAGUUCGAGACGUUGCAAAUGGCGCAGACGUACAUCGCGGCUCUCUGCGACCUUCUCGAGAGGCACGACGGCAAAUGGCAAUGA